AUGGAGAUGCCAUUUGAUAUGCAAACAUUAAUUUAUUUCUCUAAACCAUUGGAACAAUUACCUGAAAAUAUUGCAGCUAUCCUUUCACCAAAUUAUAAUUAUAUGGUUUCCGAGGUUCAACAACUUCCUGAUUAUAUUACACCAGAAGGAUUUUUAAUAAAUCAAUUUAAAGCAACCUUUUUUGUAAAUGUUAGUAAUAUUGAAGACUUACAAAAAUGGUUUACUGAAUUUGAAGAGGCAUCAAAAACAACUAUACCUAAGACGAAAGGUUUUCAAUUACAAGGGAAAAAAGUUAUUUUCAGAGAAUUGUGCCAUUGUAUACAUAACGAUAAACGUCGAAAUCUCCAAACUACUUACCUACUAGAAGUUAAUAUUAACUUUGCACAUAAUCAUAUUAUUCAUAGUGCGAAGUCUCUUAGCUUUCGAUGUGUUAAAGAGGAA